AGGGCGAAGGGGAUGAAGACUCGAAGGGCGAAGGGAACGAAGACUCUCGAAGGGCGAAGGAGACGAAGACUCUGAGGGACGAAGACACUGGAGGAUUAAAACAAGAGAGCCCCAGAUAAAACAAAACAGGCUAGUUAAAAUCCCUAAUCUUCAUGCACGUCGCGGGCGGGCAGAUUAAGCACAUGUGCAGAAGCACAUACAAACCAGCAAAGAGAGGGGGGUUAGCCCCUGCCCUUCACUGGCCAGACUGGCAACCGUAACACUUUAUUAUUCAUUAGUUUGUGUGGUACUGUUCUCACUAGCAGCUACAUUACAUGAUUUUUUUUUAAAUGACGUAGGAAAUGCUUUUUUUACUGAAAUUUAAUUGAAAGGAGACUGACUCAGUCUAAAUAAAUAAUGAACAUUUGACAGCAGUGACGCGCAGAAGUGAAGAUUUGCCUAUUUAUGGUUCACAAGUCAGUUAAGCAAAGCCUCCAUGUUCAUACAAAGAGUUUGCCUUGAGGAUAUCACAGGCCAAAUGUCCCCUAAAAAGGUCAACUAAAUCUGGAAAGGCAGUUCAUGGAUUAAAGAGCAACAUGUGCUGUUGGACUGUUGUUACAGAAAUGUUCAUCCUGAGUCACACUUAAUCUGAUUUUAUUGUGUUUAUCAUCAACCACUAAAUUCCAUAAAAACAAGCAUCAAGCAGGUGUGACAUAGUGGAACACAGAAGACCCAAGUUAAGCCCAGUUUCCCAUGUUUCUAAUUAAUGAUUAUGCCAUUCAUUGAUUUUGUAUGAUGUUGUUUUGGCUGUAGGAGCAGGAGUUCACUUGCCUGGUAAGCCUUCAUAUAUAUGUGAAUAUAUAGUCUGGCCACGACUCAUAGACAGAGCUCAGUCAUGGGGCAGAAUAUGCAGUUGUCUUUCAAACUGUCUCCACAUGCUAUAGGACAACAAACAACGUGAGUUACUCAUCCACUAUGGAUGUCAGUCAACGAGGCAGUCCACCAUACACUGUUGAAAAAGACAGAUACAUCCAUUUUCUAAAUAAAGGACUUAAGUAUCUCUAUCUGCUCUUGACUCAAAGAAAAGCCCAAGUAUAAAUAGUCCAAAGUUGAUGCCAAAGCCAUUUCAAACGAGCCACCAUCAUCUUAGUUGUUCUGCUCCAUCACAUCAUCCCACCCACCUAACCAAUAAAGUGCUCUGAUUGACCCACCAAACCGAUAAAAUGCCGCGAUUGUCCCCCCAAACCAACUGAGUGCUGUGAUUUGCCCACCAAAACCGAUAGAGCUCUGUGAUUGGCUCACAAAACCAACUGAGCUCUGUAAUUGGCCCACCAAAUCAAUAGAGCACUGUGAUUUAUCCACCAAACCGAUAGACUGCUGUGAUUGGCAUAACACAAUACUGCUCAGGUAGACCUGCUGAAGUUCCUAUCGGUGUUGCUAGACCGACCUACUGAGCAAAUUAGUUGCUUUGGCUACUGUCUGUUUAGAUUUCUUGGCCAUGAGUUUACUGCAGAUGUUUUUGCCUAUAGACAGAAUCUCACUGGGCUUUGACUAGAAAUGUCAUUUGGAAUCUCACUCAAUUGGUAUACAAAACGUUGGCAUGAGCUUGAAUAUUUGGCCAGUUCAUGUUGGGCAAACAGUAUAUUUGCAAGAGGUGCACAAUUUAGUUGUUGCUAAGUGUCCUAAUUAUGUCUGAUUGUGGUGACCCCUCCAAAAGUUGACUUAUGGAUUAUUUAUUCAGACACCAUUGUCUUAAAACUCGUAAGUUAGUUAUUAGUAAUUAAUAGUAAUUAAUAGCUGUUACUAUAUGGCUUGAAAUAAGGCAAGGCAGCUUUAUUUAUAUAGCACAUUUAAUAAACCGAGACACUUCAAUGUGGUUUCCAUUAGCAAGAAUAGCAAGAACAUUAAAAUCAACAGAAAAUACAAUUUAAAAAUGAAAAUGAAACAACAAAAUUAAAGGGUGAGAACAUGCAGUGCAGAAGGUGCAGCAUAAGAACAGUCAUUCAAAGGCUGAUGAAAACAUGAAGUUUUUCAAUUUUGAUUUAAAAGUUACCAGAGUUGGGGCAAAUUUGAGGUCAUGAGGAAGCUGAUUUCAUUUGUGUGCAGCAAAGUAGCUAAAAGCAGCUUCACCGUGUUUGGUUCUGACCCAAGGUUCUUCCAGCUGACUGUUUCCUAAGGACCUCAGAGCCCUACUGGGCAUAUAUACCUGAACGAGAUCUGACAUGAACUCUGGCCCCCUGCCAUUGGGUGAUUUAUGAAUCAGUAGAAGCACUUUGAAAUGUAUUCUGUAGUUAACUGGUAACCGUUGUAGAGAUUUAAGAACAGGAGUGAUGUGUUCAGAUCUUUUCGUUCUUGUUAAGACUCUAGCAGUAGCAGUAAUGAAUAAGCUGCAGUUGCUUUACAGCUUUUUUGGGAAGACCAGUCAAAAGACCAUUACAAUAGUCCAGCCUGUAUGAACGCAUGAAUGAGUUCCUCUAGGUCUGGUCUGAACAUGAGACCCCUGAGUGUUGCUAUUUGAUGAAGAUGAUAAAACAAUGAUCUUAAUGUGAACAGUGAAGCUAAGGUCUGAAUCACUUACGACACCAAUAUUUCUAACUUGGGUCUUUGUCUUUAUUCCUCUGGAGCCAAGAUGAGCAAUAACCUCCGUCCUAUACUUCUUAUUUCCAAAGACAGUAACGUACGUCUUGUGUUUGUUUAACUGGAGGAAAUUUGAGUGCAUCCAAUCCUUAACUGGCUCCAAACACUGAUAGAGUGAGUCUAGGGGAGCACAUCACUAGGUGAUAGAGCUAGGUAGAUCUGGGUGUCAUCUGCAUAACUAUGAUAGAUAAUGCUGUUAUUAUGUAUGACCUGACCCAGGGGGAGCAUAUAGAGAUUGAAAAGUUCCAAGUCCUAGAAUUGAACCACAUGUCAUGGUGAUCAGCUUUGAUUUGUGAUCACCAGUAGAAACAACAUAGUCACUGUCUUUCAGAUAAGAUUGGAACCAACUAUGGACUGUGCCUGAAAGUCUCACCCAGGUUAUGAGCCUAAGAAGGAUGUUGUGGUCCACAGUAUCAAAAGCUGUGAUUGAGCAUCAUUAGGGCAGAUGUUUUGCCUGAAUUUGUAUUUAGACAAAUAUCAUUUAAAAAUCAUUGCAGCCUCAGUGCUGUGGUGUUGUCUAAAGCCUGACUAGCAGGUUGUUUGCCUCCAUAAAGUAAAGUUGGAUGAAUCUACCAAGAAUCAGAUUUCAUCACCAUUUCUCUCUACCUUUUUUUCCAAAUUUAAACUCCCUUCAGAGCAAACUGCCAAUUUAAGCCCAUCAGUUCGUGUGAAAAACAGGUAUUGUCUUCAUGCCAGUGAUUGUGAGUGGGUGAGGUGUUUCUGUCAGGAAAUAUUGUUUCAAACUGAUAAAUUAGUGUUAAAAGCUGUUAUUCAACUAACAGCAUCAGCUCUUAACUUACCUGUAGGAGUUGCAAAUUCAACUUGAACUUAUAAAUAGGAAAGUGAUAUACCAAAGUUUGAGUCAGCUUUAGACACCUGUUGAACACGUAUGUUGGGGUUAGGGUUGCUGUGUUUACAGUAAGUUCUCAUCAAAGUUUUCACUUCAGACUUUAAAAGGUGAGAAUGAAAGGAAACAACUCCUAUCCAUCUAUCAUCGGCACAACUUCAUCCCUUCCUGUAACACCUCCCUUCGGAUCAUACGCUCUGUGCUCCUGUGCCUAUAACGAGCAUUUCCUCCUCACCCCCACCACCUAUUCUCUCACUCCCCCCCCCUGCUCCGAUCCUUUCUUCCCCUCCACUCUGGGUGCUGAAUUGGAGAAGCUUAUCGCCUAGCAACCACAAUUAAAGUACAACAAGUCAGUGGCGGUUGCAGCCACCAUAGGAGCAAGCUUUCGAAAAAUCCUUCGAAUAACCAACAGCUUUAGACAGAAAGCAGGAAAAUAGAGAAUUAAUGCAGGAAGGCAGGAGAGCCGGGCUGAGGAGUUGAAGUUGAACAGGUGAUGCAGCAGAUUUAAAAGCUGCUCUGAGGACUUUAGAUUUCCGUAAGCAGACAUAGAGGCAAGACAGGCAGAGUGGAGUGACGUUAGACUCGACAGAGUCUUGGCUCAGCCGACCGAAAGGAAAACCAAAAUAAGAAGUCAGAGUCAGGAAUCUCCAAAUUUACCCAUCGCCUCUCUCUGAAGGAACGGCCAUUCAAAUCAGAGAAGACAUCUUCAGAUAGACCACCAUCCUACAGAAGACGAUCUCUUAGCGUGGACUGGGCUGACUCUGCCAAGAUGACACAGCCCAUGAGAGGCGACCAAGCCCACCAGCCGGCCUUAGCCCGCAAGUCAACUAGCCUGUCCUCACCAAGUGCGGCUCGCCGGCUGUACCGCAAUUUGUCUGGAAAGUUCCGCGUGGGCACCAAUCCCCCUUCUCUGGAGGACAGUGUGGUGUCAGGACGGGGAGGGGACAAGGAGAGGCUGCGUAAAACCACCAUUUUCCAGAGUAAUGAAGCAUUGUUUGAGGCCGUUGAACACCAAGAAUUGGACUUGGUCCAGUUGCUUCUAUCCCAGUACAGCCUUGAAGAGCUGGACCUGAAUACUCCAAACAGCGAAGGUCUUCUCCCUCUUGAUAUAGCCAUCAUGACCAACAAUGUGCCCAUGGCUAAGCUUCUGCUGAGAGCUGGGGCAAAGGAAAGCCCCCACUUUGUGAGUCUGGAGGGCCGAGCGGUACAUUUGGCCACCUUGGUGCAGGAGGCUGAUCAGCGAGUGUCAGAGCUUCAGGCCCAGGUCCGUAACGAAGGUCCCAGCGAACGGGAAGGAUGCGACCAGGAGCGACAGCUGAAAGCUUGGGAGUGGAGGCUGCGGCUCUUCCGGCGCAUGCAGACAGGCUUUGAACAUGCUAACCCUCCAGAUGCUCCAAGUGUAGUUCACCUGUCUGUCAGUAGCAGCACAAGUUUACUGGUCGACUUUCAAGAACCACUUUGCGUCAACUCUGCAGUGGUUACAAAGUACAAAGUGAGUUGGAGCAGCGCACCUUCAUUCAGUCCCUUACUUGGGGAAAUGAUAGUGGAUGACACUCUACUACAGUGCAACAUAACUGGACUAAGCACAGGUAGUUACUACUAUGUCCAGGUGUCAGCAUACAACAUGAAGGGCUGGGGACCUCCAAAAGUUUCAACCCCAUCUUGUGCUGUACCGUCCAGUUGGAGAGAUGUCGACAGCCAAGUUCCACGCCAGAGGGGCCAGAAGGAGGCGCUUGACCAGCUGCUUGGACAAAUAAAAGAAGCACAUCGCAACUGUGUCUGUCAUGAACAGUGUAAAGCCCCAACACAAGGCAGGAAGCACUCGGUGUCCAAAAGCCUUCGUCAUCUCUUCCAACCUAACAGCAAAUUUGUCAAAAGCUUGAAGAGAGGUCUGUAUCUGACAUCCAUAUUCUACAGAGACGACAACGUGUUGGUGACUCCAGAAGACCAGAUUCCUAUUGUGGAGGUUGAGGAUUCCUACUCCAGCACCCUAAUGCAGGACUUUCUCUGGUUUACUAAGGUUUCCUUCCUUUGGGAUGAGAUUUCGUGGCUUCAGCAGUGUCUGAGUCCGUCGCAGUCAUCCUGUUCAUGCACUCUACAGACUCGCCUCAAGAUGCUGCAGGCUGUUUCCCAGCUUCAGGGAAUGCUGGGAACCCAGGACCUUGGCCACGUUUAUUUUGAGCCGAUCAAAGACAAGCACGGUAACGCCCUGCUCGUGCUCUUGAAGGACAUGAGCACUUGUCCCAACCUGGACAGCGUGCGCUGGACACAGCUUUGCAAACUGCAGCUCCAACGCAAAUCUGUCUCAUCCCCCGAGGAGCCCACCGCCUUGGACAUGCUCCUCAUCACACUCCACGAGAAGCUGGCCUAUCACAGGAGGAGCAGGAAGCUCUUGUCUCCAGGUUUAUACCUGGGCUACCUUAAGCUGUGUACAUCGGUGGAGCAGAUACGGGUGCUGGUACCGCAGAAACUCCCCAAUGUUCUCUGUCACACCAAAAUCCGGAAUAACAGUAACGUCUCCAGAGAGGAGUGGCAGUGGCUGCAGGCGCUCACCUCCCUGGAGGAGUCGUUAGAAAUGGACAGCGAUGUCCAGAGCGCUCCCCAUCGCCUUCUACAUGACCUGCGUGGUGCCAUCAAGGACCUGAUGGCUCACAUCAACGUCCCAGGAAAUCAGGUGCAGGACUUUCGUAUCUACAGCCAAGAGGUGUUAGAGUUUGGGGGGAAAGUGUCCUUCCUGCUCCUCUUGCCACCUUCAGAUGAAGUGUGUACAGCUCCUGGUCAGAAUAAUCCCUACUCGCCUCGCUCCGGCUUCCUCACCCUGCCCCUGCAGUUCUUUGAACUGGUUCACUUUAAUGCGUACUGCCCCAGUUUCAUUGGCCAGUACUGUAGAGUUUCGGCUCUGCUGGAGCUGGAGUCCCUCAUGUCACAGCAGGCACUACGAGAAGCCUUCUCUGAGUCCGAGCUCCACGCUGCUAAGAAGAAGCACCAACAAGUCCAAGAGCACGUGCAGCAGAUGGAGGAGGUAUGGCGGGACGCGAGGUGGAUCAUGGACACUUUGCAGUAUGCUCGCUACAAGCAGCCCACAGGAGGAAUCUCCAUCAGCUGGAUCAUUGACUUCUCUAAGGAGCUGAUUCCAGAAAAGCCCCCCUCCACUUCCUCCCAGCCAGACUUCAUGCCCUCCCCCUUGCCUUCACCUGAACCCUGCCGGAAACAUUCAGAUUGCCCUGGUCUGUCAGACGAAGAAGGCUCGUCUGAAGUCUUCCUCACCACCGACAGCGACUAUGACUCGAGCCGUGCUCAGAGUCCCCGUGAGUUGGACCUAUUGCCCCCGUCACCUCUAUCAUCCUCUGCACCUCUGGAGCCUCGUGGUUACCUGCGAAGCGACGGCAGUGGCUCGGGGGGAGGCGUGUGUCCCAGUGGAGGUGGACGUGGAGGAGGAGCUCUUCGAGACUCCACACCAGACGUCCUCCAGGCCUCUGAGCAGCAGCUCGGCAGGGAAGGAGAAAGAGGUGGGGGGGGCCGGUGUGGCGGAGAAAGGCGCCGGGGGGCCCCAGAGUUGUUCGACAGUGACUUCAUCCUGCCCAGCAGGCAAAUCGAGCUGCUGCACAUCACAGAGAAGAGACAGGCCUUCUGUGUGAGAACCAGCAGCCUAGAGUUCCCCUCCACCACAGCGGGGCACCAUCAGCCUUACUCCUACCACACCACCUACUCCUCACCCUCCGCCUCACCGCAGAAAAGAUGGCACCGGCCCUCAUCAGUGGACCGCUGUUGUCCUGGAGAGCGCUGCUUACCACACCGUCCACCUGCACGUACAUUAUCAGAAGACAGUGGGACACAGAGACUCAACACGCCAUCGCCAGCUGUGUUCAGGAAGAGCUGCCACGCUACGCUGCGCGUCUAUCCGCAGUAUCACACGGGCCUGCCGAAGGAGACAAGCAUUAAGCUUUGUGUGACUCCUGGAACAACGGCGCGUGAGAUGGUCCAGCUGGUGGUCCAAGAGAUGAACGUCGUGUCUCGGCGCCUGCUGGGCAGCAGCGGCGGCAGCAACGAACAGGAGCAGUGUGUCUACUACACUCCUGAACAGUUGAAGCACUUUGGCCUUGUGCUGGUUGUGGACAACAGAGAGAAAUGGCUGCAGGACGACUUCUGUCCCCUGGAGCUUCAGAACCCGUGGCUGAGGGGCAAACUGUGCGUUCGCAUUAAAGAGUAUUCACCACUAGCACUGAAACAUGGCCGGGCCACCACAGUGUGACCCACACGGGUACCAGAGGGGCAAAGGAAACUUUUCUGUCCGGACUGGUUUUUAUAAAUGUUUUCUUUGUCUCUGUGGUGAUUCCGUCCUCCACUGCAGCUCGUACAUCCUGUUUUUUUCAUCUGAAACACCAUUCUGAGAAUCUGUUUCUGUGAAAUGUGUUCUCCCAAGCAUAAGAAGCUUUUUUAUAAACAUCAGCUCCUCAUAUGGACACCAAAUGAACACUUACAAUGUGGAACAAAGAGAGUUUUUUUUUCUGUGCUGUCAGAAAUCAUUGGGCUAUAAGAUCACGAAGCUGAGCAAAGGCUAAUACAAACUGUCUCUGACUCCUGGUGUGAUUGAUGCCAGUACUUUUGGGUUUUUAAAAUGACAAAGGGCUGCACCGCUAUCCAGUCAGGCCACACGCUCAUCCAGGGCUGUCACAUCUUCUCCUUCCACAAGAGCAGCAAUCAGGCCCCACGUUCCAAGGAUGUGGGAUCUGGCCUGGGCCCAGGUGGCUAGAGGAAAGGGAGUAGUAAAAAGGUGGGUGGUGUCCCCAUUUAAGGACAUGUCUAACUUGUGAUUUGGCCCAUAAGUUAGCUUGCGCUGCUGUGUGGUGCUCUUUUGCAGCCACAGGCUCUGUGUGUGUUACACAGUGUAGCUGACAAACAGCAUUGUCAUUAUGCGAAGAAGCAAAAUCAAACCAGCUCAUUUAGGUUUUUGGAACAAAACAAAAUAAGAAGCAAGACUUUCUACUUCUUGUUUCUCUGGUUCAUGGGAAAGGCACGUAUAUAUUCCAGUUGUUUUGGGUACAUUUGCAGUAUUGUGGUCAUGCUUUGCUAAAGGUUCAGUGUUUUGUUGUUUGGUGGAAUUAAUCACGUGCAUCUGAAGAUUUAUCUCUGUGGGCUAGCACAGGCUUUUAAAUCCGGAUUCUGGUCAAAAAGAAAUAUUUUUAAAAGAGGUCUAAUGUUUUUACAUGAAGUUGCAUGCAUAAACUGACAGUUUUUACCACAACCGCUUUGACAUAAGAAACAAGAAAAACUAGAAACUAAACCAAAGGUUGCAACUUGCAGGCACAGUGUGCAAAUCCUUAAAAAAGGAAGUUGAUCAAUUUUGCACAAAAAAAGGAUAUCCAUCCAGUCUUUGUGCAAAAUAAUCUGCAUCUACAGACCUCUUCGGGAUCCGUAAAUGUUAAUGUUUUACAGAUCAGUUUUAUUCCAAGAGGUUCAUUCAGGACUUUUCCUAAUGCAAACUAACAGAAACAGUCCCAAACCAAGCACACAGCCAUCCCAACAUUUACCAGCUCUCCUCAGGAAUGAGUUUAGCAAAUAAUCAAACCCUGCUAAUAAUAAUAAUAAUAAUAAUAAUGCAUUGAACUUAUAUAGCGCUAUUCUAGACACCCAAAGACGCUUUCACACACUCUCACAUUCACACACUGUUAGUGAUCGUAAGCUACUUGUAGCCACAGCCGCCCUGGGGAGGUCUGACAGAGGCGAGGCUGCCAUUUGGCGCCGUCUGCCCCUCUGACCCCCACUAACACAGGCAAGUUGGGUGAAGUGUCUUGCUCAGGGACACAACAGCAGGAUACCCCUGGCGGGAGCUGGAAUUGAACCCAUGACCCUCCGAUCAUGAGGCAACCCGCUCUACCACCUGAGCUACUGCUGCCCCAAUAAGGGUAAUAUUAUAUUAUUAUAUAUAUAUAAUAUAU